GUAUUAGUAUCCUGGAAAAACGAUAUAAAAAAAUCACUUCGCCCCUGGAAAAAACGAAGAUGAUUUGACGAGCACACACUCAUUUUCGACGCAGGACAUUGGGUCUGGGGUCCGUGGCCAUUCACCAAUUACGCGCCAUGCGCUGCGGUGUCCUUAAUUUCUUAAAAAGCGUUUAAACAUCUAAUGAAAGCCCAGCGAUUUCUGUUGUCGGACAAGUCAGUUGCCUUUGGCUUUCUGCCGUGUGCGGUUCGGUAUCGUUUGGUCCUGAUUGACGGUGAACUGCAAGGGAGCGACCGUCCCAGGAUUAUGUCAUUGCAAAUAUGGCCAAAAUAAUAUCGACGAUCAAGGCCAUACUGACGAGGAUCAUUUUUAGUGCCCACAGUUUGUUGGCCAUUUGGCAGGUGACGGCCAUAAAAAAGGAUUACAAGUACUGGACACUAUGUGGACCGCUGCUGCUGCUUCUCCUCGAGGGGAUUUUCACAAUCAUGAUCAAGAAAACCCAGGAAUGGCGAUGGUUCUGCCCCUCGGUGUUCCUCUACCUGAGCAGCAUUGUGCCGGCAAUUUGGCUCUUGGAACUGGAGAAAGUGGCCAAAAGAGUUAGGAUUAUGAAGAACUCGAUGGCCAUUGCAAAUGCCACGAAUACUGGGAAUUUCACCAGUUUUGGAGUAGGUGUCAUCGGUUCAUUGGAUAGCAAUGACAGUAGCAUCACGGCAGUGGCCACUCUGCUGGAUCGCACCGGAAUCACUAUUCCGGUGAUGACCACGGACACCUGGACCACCCUGAUUGAGCAGUUUCUGAUGCUCAUCCUGAUCGUGGGUCGCUGGAUGCUGCCCAAGGGAGAUCUCACACGGGACCAGCUAAGCCAGUUGCUCCUGGUGUAUAUUGGCACUGCGGCGGAUAUUAUCGAGUUCUUCGACUCUUACAAGGAUGACUCAAUAGCCCGAAUUGGAUUCCUUGUGUAUCUAACCCUGGGAAUCUGGUCGUGGAGCCUCAUGCAGUUCACCAUAGUGCUUUCCGCCACACGAGGGAGAAGACCUCGUGGUAGUGGUUCUCAUCGCAAGGAGGAACAGACUGACUGUUGCCAGAACUGUUGCUGUGGAAUAGAUGUCUGGGGCAUUGUCCUCAAUGUGAUACUCCAGGAUGCUCCCUUUCUUACCUUCCGCUUGCUAAUCAUUUUUCAAUAUAAAAUAAUCAACUAUAUGAACGUCUUCUUCACCUGCAAAAACUCGCUGGUGAUUAUUCUACAAUUGUAUCGACUAUAUGUGGUUAAUGCCGAGUUCUGGAAAAAUCGGAGAGAAAGUCGCAUGGCGAAGACCAAACAGUUCCAAUCACGACGGAAGGUACAGGAUGCAGAUCAGAAUAGCAUUUAUAUGAUUUCCAAUGAGAGAGGGGGUGAUGCCAAAAAGAAGAAGAUAAGAAAAGCUAAAGAUUAUGCCGAGGAAGCAGCUUAUAGCAAAAAGAAAAAGGAUAAGAAGGACAAAAAAAAACGAAAGCGAAAGGACACUGGCUACUCGACGGCCAGUUCGCAGAACCUUUACUCCACCAAGGCGAGUGGCACCGACAAGGAGUCCAGGCGCAAGGACAAAAAGGGCAAGAAGUCAAAGCGCAACUGCAGCAGCUCCCCCAGUGAUUGUGAUUUGGCCAAAAAGCAGAAACGUGGCAAGAACGGCGAUAAAAACGAUAAGAAAAAAUCCCGCAAAAUCGAGGCGGUCAUUGAGGAGUCGAGUAGCUCGAGCAGCAGCAGUAGCUCCGACUCCAGCAACUCCACCCUGCCCAGCUACGAGGUGAUCGACGAGAAGAAGGCCCGGCGGAGGAAGCAUCGCGGCAGCAGCAGCGACACCAGCUCCGAGGAUACCAGCUCGGACAGCUCCUCCUCCUCCAGCUCGGACUCGUCGUGAAAUUGUUGUCGGAUCACAUUUUGGACCAGCGCCAAUCGCUGGGGAAUUGGUUUUUGUGGCAGCCACUUGGCCUAAAGUGGCUGGGGCCCUCCGUUUCCGGAGGGCAACUAUUUUGUACGCCUCCAAAUUGGAGAGCCGACAUUUUGUCAUAAAAGCAUCGAACUCCAAGCACAAAAUGAAC